AUGCGCACCCCAGCUCAGCCCCCCCUGUGCCCACCACGGUGUGCAGCGAGUGUCCGGCAGCGGCAUGGCGGGGAUGCUGCUCCCCCCCGCCUGCUCCUGGCUGCUGUGCUGCCGGGGGGACUGAAUUCGGUGCUGCGGCCAGGGGCUCGCCCCAGCCCCCUGCUCCUACGGCUGCGGCGGCUGGAGGAGCAGUUUCACCGGCACCAGGAGGUGACCAGCCAUCUCCAGAGCAUCGCCGAGAACAACAUCUCCUACAAUAUCGACAGACGCUUCUGGGCACUGGCAGAGCAGGCAGAGGCGGCCGCUGCUGCCCGAGCUGCCCUGGGCACCGAGCUGGCCUGCUUGGCCACUGCUAGCCGGCGGCUGCACCGCAGGCUGAAGCGGCUGGAGGGGACUGUGGGUGCCCGGAUCCCACCGCACCGCCCUGUCACCCACCCACUGGGUGCAUCAGUGGAGGCUGACACCAUGCUGCCUGGCCUGCCAGACACUGCCCAGAGCUGGGGCAGCCAGCUGGAGUGGCAGCCACAGGGCUGGGUGGCCACCAGCACCCCCAGCCCUCAGCACCCGAAGACAAGGCAGUGGCAGCGACGCUGGCAAGAGGAAAGUCACCAGCUGACGGGUGAUGCCGGGCCUGGUGGAGCACCAGGGGAGGAUACAGAGCCCCCCCACAACGCAGCCCCUGCAGCCCAAGCCAUAGCACCGGCUCUCCCCACCGUGACCACAGUCCCCUCGGAGCAGCCACCGGCCCCCCAACAGCCAGGAGAGGGUAGGUACGGGCCCCCUGCCCUGGCACCCCCCUCCCCAGCCUGCCGCACCAGCACCACUCUGCUCUUCCCCAACACCUCUGCCGAGCGCGUGGCCGUCCUGGGGCCGGGGCCGCGCCGGGGGCUGCGGGCGCUGUCACUCUGUACCUGGCUGGCCACCCCGGCCCCCCGCCUUGGUGCCCUCCUCUCCUAUGUCACUGAGAAUGGUGGCAGUGAGCUGGCUGUGCGUGGCCGUGGCGGGGACCUCCCUGGCUCUGCGCACUUCAUCAUCGGGGACAGGCAGUAACGGGAGCUCCCGGUGAUGCCACUCCUGGAUGGCAAGUGGCACCACAUCUGCCUCACCUGGUCCUCCAGCCGGGGCCAGUACCAUUUCUACAUGGACCGAUGGCUGCUGACUGCUGGCUCUGGCUUCUGGCAGGGCUAUGAAAUUCCCGCUGGUGGCUCACUGGUGCUGGGCUGGGAGUUGGACCACCCUGGCCAGGGAUUCAGCACCGCAGAAGCUUUUGUGGGUCACCUGGCUGGCUUCACUCUCUGGAGCUGGGCUCUCCUGCCCGGGGAGGUGGCCAGCAUGGCAACUGGCCAGGGGCUGCCCCAUGGCCCCCUCCUCACGCUGGCUGAUGCCUCCCUGCAGGGCGGGGUGUGGAGGGUGGCGUGUCCCUGCUUCCAGCACUGCCUGUGACGAGCCUGGCAGC